GAGGACGCAAAGAGAGUGUUUCAGUCACUGCGAAAAUUCCUCAAUCUUGUCGCCUCUCUCCCUUUCUUCUUCUUCUUCUUCACUUCCGAGAACAUUCUUGUAUGCGUGGAAUGCUGUCGAAAUGGAUUCAGCAAUAGAGAAUCUAACAGAAAUGGAGAGUGAGAGAGCUGAACAGGGAACAGAUAAGAAAAUGGAAACUGAAGAGCAAAGUCAGAAUACUGUUGCUGAAACCGAUAAGGAAACUGAGACUGAAGAGCAAAGUCAGGAUACUGUUAUGGAAACCGAGAAUAAGAAUCCAGGAGAGACUGUAGGAGAGGAAGGUCCAGUAAGCGAACAUAAGGAUCCUCCUUCUCCCAUGAUCACUCUAGAAGGUGUUUCUCAUGUUUCUAUCCUUGAGAAGGGGGCCGACGAUGAUGAUAUACCAAAGAUUGAUGAUGAGAAAACACAAGAUGAGAAGAGUUCCCAAUUAGAGACAAGCCCACAUCUGAAUCCUACUCCUUCAGUGGCUAUAGAUCCUGAAGAAGGGUUAAACAAGACUACUGUGGAAGACAAUGUUGAACGGAACAUUGAGUCCAGCGAAGUAAGUUCGUGUGUCUUAAAAAAUGAUAGAGAUUCUGUCAUGGUUGACAAAGAUACUCCAGUAGUCCAUGACGAAACGGCCACAGUACCUCAUAGCGAAGUCUCAGAGGAAAAAGGAUCGCCACAUCAUCAUGCUAAUACUGUGAUGGAUCAGGACAAAGCUACAGAAGAGCAUGAAAUGGCAUCCUCAGGAGACUUUAACGAGAUUACAGUCACUCCUGAUAACAAACUCUCAGAAGAAAAAGGAUCACCCCUUCAUCAUGCUGAUACUGUGAUGGAGCAGGAGAAACCUGGGGAAGAAGUAGAACAUAACAUGGAAGUAGAACAUAACAUGGCAUCCUCAGGAGACCACAACGAGGAUACAGUUACUCCUGAUACCAAAAUCUCGGAGGGAAAAGAAUCGCCACAUCGUCAUGCCAAUACUGUAGUGGAGCAGGACGAACCUGCAGAAGAACAUAACAUGGCAUCCUCAGGAGACCACGACGAGAUUACAGUUACGCCUGAUACCAAAAUCUCGGAAGGAAAAGGAUUACCGCUUCGUCAUGCAGAUACUGUAAUGGAGCAGGAAAAAGCUGCAGAAGAACACAAUAUGGCAUCCUCAGAAGGCCACAACGAGAUUACAGUUUUGUCUGAUACCAAAAUAUCGAUGGGAAAAGGAUCACCGCUUCAUCAUGCUGAUACUGUAAUGGGGCAGGACGAAGCUGCAGAAGAACAUGACAUGAUAUCCUCAGGAGAUCAUAACGAAUAUCCAGUAACUACUGAUACCAAAGAUGUUGAGGAGAACAAUGACAGGCUAGACAAGGGCGAGGCUGAGAAUAUGAAUUUGGCUGACCAUGGAGGUGAGCUGGUUUAUCAUGAUCAAGGAACCACAACGGGGGAUGAAAAAGAGCCAGAUGUGCCUGUUUCUGAGACCGAAUCAAACCUGGAAAAUAAACCAUCCGAGCCUCUCAUAGAAACCUCCGCGAGCGUUGAAAAAGAGCCAGACCUUCCUGCCACUGAAAAUUUGACAGAAGACAACCAAAACUCUGAUGUGUUAGCUGCUGGAGUUCCAGGAAACAGUGACAAAGAGUUAUCUCUCUUGCCUGCUACCCAGGACCAUAACGAAGGAGUUGCUACACUUGAGACUGAACGUAUGGAAGACAUGGAUCUUGACGUCCCUGAUUCUAUUUUUGUUCCUGAUGCUAGUGUUGACCCUCCAAAUAACAACGAUGUCAGUGUCGAGGCUCCUACUAAUGCUGAAAAUAAAGAUUAUUCUAUAGUAUUAGUACCUGAGGGAAAUGAUGCUGAUAAUGAGAAUGGCUCAGUGAGACGUGAACCUGGUCCUCUCUGUGUUGCAUCAUCUGAUACAAAGUCUGAACUGGGGGUAAGUGGUGGUUUGAAUAAUGGGGUCCAUAAAACAGGUCCGCCAUCACCUGGUUUGGAUAGGCCCAUGAGCCCAAAACGCUCUUUCCUGUUGGAUGGUACGUCGGAGGGCUAUGAAUCUGGAACGGAGGAGGAUCAAGCUGCUUUUAUGAAAGAAUUGUAUCACUUCUUUAGAGAGAGAAAGAUGGACUUUAAACCUCCAAAAUUUUAUGGGGAGGGACUAAACUGCCUUAAGUUGUGGAGAGCUGUAAUUAGAUUGGGGGGUUAUGACAAGGUUACGGGAUGCAAACUAUGGCGACAAGUAGGAGAGUCUUUCAGGCCCCCAAAGACAUGUACAACAGUGUCAUGGACUUUCCGAGGUUUCUACGAAAAGGCUCUUCUUGAAUAUGAGCGGCAUAAAGUUAACUCAGGUGAAGUACAGAUACCCCUUGCUAUUGAACCAGAACCAAUGAAUAUUGAUAAUCAGGCUUCUGGAUCUGGUAGAGCAAGGAGAGACUCAGCAGCACGUGCUAUGCAAGGUUGGAAUUCACAGCGUCUUAAUGGGAACGGUGAAGCUAAUGACCCUGCAAUUAAGGAUAAGAAUUUAGUUCUUCAUCAAAAGCGCGAAAAGCAGAUAGGAACAUCCCCUGGGUUGCUUAAACGCAAGAGGCUAUCGUCUACUGAACAUGUUGCAAAACAUGCCAUCCAAGUGUCUAACCCUAUGUUGGAUGUGACAGUUGUUGAUGUUGGACCACCAGCUGACUGGGUGAAGAUUAAUGUACAGAGGACGCAAGAUUGCUUUGAGGUGUAUGCAUUAGUCCCAGGACUAGUCCGUGAAGAGGUCCGAGUCCAAUCAGAUCCGGCAGGGAGGUUGGUAAUAAGUGGCGAACCCGAGAACCCUAUGAAUCCCUGGGGAGCUACUCCUUUCAAAAAGGUGGUAAGUUUGCCUACAAGGAUCGAUCCGCAUCACACAUCGGCUGUGGUGACCCUGAACGGCCAGUUGUUUGUCCGUGUACCACUUGAGCAAUCUGAUUAGAAGAAACAUUUUACAGUUUUAACAAAUCCUUGAAGAUCCGACAGAGAAGAGAGAAGAAUGUUUGAAGUAGUUGUGAGAGUCUUUUGUCUGUAUAUUAUCAUGAUUGAGAGCAUAAACACAACCAUGAGAGAAUCCACUUUAGCAUACUUUAAUUAGGACGUCUAGUUUAUCAUCUCUCUUCUCUUUGAUUAGAUUCUUAAAAGUCGCCAUUUAUAGGCAGUAUAAGUUCUUUAAACAUUUUUAUGUUAUGAAACACAAAUCUACGACCUUUUUAUUAUUUGGUACUUUUGUCUGCAUUAUCUUUAUUGUUUAUGUACAUUUUAUUUUCACGUCUCUAUUAGAAAGCCUUGAAAGAUAUAUCAUGUUUUUG